AUGCCGCGCCGCUACUCACCCCCCGAGUCCCCCCUGUCUUCGAUGGGCUCCGACGAGCCUUUCGAGGAGGAUGCGCACGAUGACGAUGACGAGGCCGCAGUCCGGCCCUCGAAGCGCAUCAAGGUCGAGCCUGGCUCCGCGGCCUCGUCGGCCGUCGUCCACGACGCCGAGCCCGAGACGGUCCCCGAGCCCGACCCCCUCGAGGGCAUGUCGGACGUGUCGUCGGACACGUCGGGCGACAUCCCCAGCUCGCCCAUCAACGCGCGCCUCGACGAGGAGGACUUCCAGGACCAGGUGACCGUCUGCGACUGGGACGGCUGCCCGGCCGGCGACCAGGGCAACAUGGACAAGCUCGUCGAGCACAUCCACAACUCGCACAUCGAGAACCGGCAAAAAAAGUACACGUGCGAGUGGAAGAGCUGCACCCGCAAGGGUCUCCCGCACGCUAGCGGCUACGCUCUCAAGGCCCAUAUGCGCAGCCACACGAGAGAGAAACCAUUCUACUGCUACCUGCCUGAGUGCGAUCGCUCCUUCACCAGAUCCGACGCCCUCGCUAAACACAUGCGCACCGUGCACGAGACGGAGGCGCUCCGGCCGUCAGACCCCGUGCCCAAAUCGAUGCAGACGGGCCCGACGGGCAAGUCGGGCAAGCUCAAGAUCAUCAUCAAGACGCCGCAGUCGCACGGCGGCGGCCAAGACGACGGUGCGGACGGCGCCGCCAACGGCGAGGACUCCAACUCGGAGUUCUUCACGGCCCUGACGAGCGACACGUUUAGCGCCGACGAGCUGUCCCUGCCCGUCGACAAGCUGUACCGCAAGUGCUACUGGGAGUCCAAGUGGGCUGACGAGGUCGGCGACGCGCUCAAGAAGGAGUACAAGGAGUGGGAGGAGCUGUACUACAAGGAAUGGCUGGAGAAGGAGGUGCUGCUCUCGCAGGUCAUCAAGAGCGAGGUGGACUGGCACGAGCGGCGGCAGGCCAUCAUCUCGGGCAAGGCCGACGUGCAGGUCCCCAACAGCGCAUCCGACGGCCACGGCGAGGGCAAGACGAACGGUGUCGCUGCCGAUGCGGACAACGGAGGCACCCCAGCCGCAGAGCCGGCGCAGGCUGUGGCGGCCUAG